CGCACGCUCCCCUGAACCUGCCCUCCACCAAACACUCAACCCAACAGUUAGCGGUCUGUUCUAGUCCAAUUUUACCCCCCUUCUCAGCUCAUUUUUUAGCCAUGCCUGCUCUUCUCCAAACCAAUUUGCCCGCUCCCUUCCGUAAAAUCGCGUCCGGAAAGGUUCGCGAUAUUUACGAGUGCCAGGAGGAUUUAUCUACGCUCUACUUCGUCGCUACUGACCGUAUCAGCGCGUUCGAUGUGAUUAUGGAGAACGGUAUUCCCGACAAGGGCAAGAUUUUGACGAAAAUUUCCGAGUUCUGGUUCAACGUUUUGAAGCCCCAUACCGCUACUCACUUGGUCACCUCGGAAUGGGAUAAGAUGCCCGCUGUCGCUGCUCCCUUUGCCGACCAGCUGAAGGAUCGCACGAUGUUGGUUCGUCGUUACAAGGUUCUGCCUAUCGAGGCUAUCGUCCGCGGCUACAUUACCGGUAGUGCUUGGAGCGAGUACAAGAAGUCAGGCACUGUUCAUGGAAUGCCUAUGCCUGAAGGCAUGCAAGAAAGCCAAGCAUUCCCCGAGCCUCUGUUCACCCCCAGCACCAAGGCUGCUGAGGGUCACGAUGAGAACAUUCACCCCGACCAAGUGAAGGACAUUAUUGGUGCCGAUCUUGCUGCUAAGGUUGCCGAGCUUUCCGUGAAGCUGUACAAGGUUGCCCGCGACACUGCGAAGGAGAAGGGUAUCAUUAUCGCCGACACAAAGUUCGAGUUUGGUGUGGACGAGCAGAACAAUGUCAUCCUUGUUGAUGAGGUUCUCACACCCGAUUCUUCUCGUUUCUGGCUUGCGGCAGACUAUGCUGUUGGAAAGCCCCAGGAAAGCUUCGACAAGCAAUACUUGCGCAAUUGGCUGAUUGCAGAGAACGUCAGAGGCAAGCCCGGUGUUAAAUUGCCCGAGAACAUUGUAUCGAGCACUCGUCAAAAGUAUAUUGAAGCUUACGAGAUGAUUUGUGGCAAGAAGUGGGUUGCCUAAGCAAGCCUCGUCAUCUUUCGUUUGUAAUUGCCUUUCCGCACCUUUAUCUUUUGGAAAACAUUUUUUUGAUUAGACAGAAUACGUCUUAUUCCCAAACAAUCCCAUCUCUAGUUACCAGUGAUGAGAGGGGAGACCAGUGUUUGUACGGGUGGGUGUAGAUAGUGG